UCCGGCCAGGCUCCAACCCCGCCCAUUUCACCCCACCACCAUUGCCAGCGACUUAGCGAGAGACGGGGCCGCCGCCGCCGACGAGCCAUGGGGAGGAGGGCGCACGCGAUGCUGUUCCCGUUCCCGUGCUCGGGCCACAUCAACCCGACGCUGAAGCUGGCGGAGCUUCUGCACGCGCGCGGGGUGCACGUGACCUUCGUCAACACGGAGCACAACCACGAGCGGCUGCGGCGGGGCGCGGCGGCGGCCGGGCUGCGGGGGCGGGAAGGGUUCCGGUUCGAGGCGGUCCCCGACGGGCUGUCGGACGAGGACCGGCGGGGCCCCGACCGGACGGUGCGGCUGUACCUGUCGAUGCGGAGGAGCUGCGUCGCGCCGCUGGUGGCGCUGGCGCGCGCGCUCGCGGAGCGCGACGACGGCGUCCCGCCCGUCACCUGCGUCGUGCUCAGCGGCCUCGUCAGCUUCGCGCUCGACGCCGCGGAGGCGAUCGGCGUGCCGGCGUUCGUGCUCUGGGGCACCAGCGCGUGCGGGUUCGUCUGCACGCUCCGCCUCCGGGAGCUCCGGCAGCGGGGCUACACGCCGCUCAAAGACGAGAGCGACCUGACGAACGGGUACCUGGACACGCCCAUCGACUGGAUCGCCGGGAUCCCGCCGGUGCAGCUGGGCGACGUCUCCAGCUUCGUCCGGACGCUGGACCCGCAGUGCUUCGCGCUGCGCGUGGAGGAAGACGAGGCCAACAGCUGCGCCAGGGCGCGGGGCCUCAUCCUCAACACGUUCGAGGACCUGGAGCCCGACGUCCUGGACGCGCUCCGGGGCGAGUUCCCGCAGGUGUACACCAUCGGGCCCCUGGCCGCCGCCAUGCACGCCGCGCAGGGCGACGCCGGCGGCGGGCUGAGCCUGUGGGAGGAGGACGCGGCGUGCAUGGCGUGGCUGGACGCGCAGGCGCCCGGGUCCGUCCUGUACGUCAGCUUCGGGUCCCUGGCCGUGCUGUCGCCGGAGCAGCUCGCGGAGCUCGCGUGGGGGCUCGCCGCCAGCGCCCGCCCGUUCCUCUGGGCCGUCCGCCCGGGCCUCGUCGCCGGGGACCGCGGCGCCGACGCGCUGCCGGAGGGCUUCGCCGCGGCGACCUGGGGCCGGGGCCUCGUCGCCGAGUGGUGCGCGCAGGAGCAGGUGCUCCGGCACCGCGCCGUGGGCGGGUUCCUGACGCACAGCGGGUGGAACUCCACGGCGGAGAGCAUCUGGGCGGGCGUGCCCAUGGUCUGCUGGCCCGGGUUCGCCGACCAGUACAUCAACGCCCGGUACACGUGCGGCGAGUGGGGCGUCGGGCUCCGCCUGGACGAGGCGCUGCGGCGGGAGCAGGUGGCCGCGCACGUCGAGGAGCUGAUGGGGGACACCGCCCGGGCCCGGGAGAUGAGGCGCAACGCGGCCAGGUGGAAGGCCGCCGCCGAGGCCGCCACGGCGCCCGGCGGGUCCUCGUACGAGAGCCUCGGCCGGCUGGUCGAGGAGCUGCGCCUGGGCGACGACGCGCUCGCCGCGCAGGACGGCCGGUGACCACCCCCGUCGCGACGCCGUUCCCGGCCCCGCUGCUGCCGUGGCCGUUGGAUGAGCACGCGCACGGCACGACCUCGCUUCUGGUUCAUGGUUUCGCACACGGCACACGCAGCGUUUCGUUCCCAGCUCAGCCAGAAAGAACUCUAGCGUCUGUAUCCUAUCCUACUAGUAGAUGAGAUGACGAUGGCAUGUCUGGAUGUCAACAACAUUUUAGUGAACGAAUUCGUCAGGAACUCAGGAUGCUUGCGCACUUGUUCCGAAAC